UCUUAAAAUGCGAAGUCCGAAAUCCAAAAUCCAAAAAUUAUCUCCGCAGUAACUACUCGAGAUACUUUUUCUAUCGGCACCUAGAUGUCAGCACCCGCUCAAAAUGAAACCAGCUGACUGCAAAUAAUUUUUUUUUAUUUCGUAAUUCGUACUCGUGUGUUAAGUGAUUGCGUGUGAUUGUGUACCAGCUCGCGGUUAUUCCUCACCCUCAAUUUCAUCAAUGAAAAAAAAAGUGUCACACCAGCAGCACAAGCCACAACAACAUCAGCAUCUCCAUCGCAGGAAUUGUAAUAAAUACUCUAAAUUAUUUUUCUAUCUAGGGCACCCUGGUGCUGUCAUCCACGACCUAGACCUGCGACACCUUCACUUUUUCUUAAACCAGGUCAAUUAUCUUCACAAUCAAGACAAUUAUUAUUAGAAGCAACUAAAAAAAAAUCAUCAUCAUCAUCAUCAAGAAAUUGAAAAUCAUCUUCUAGAUCAUCAACCAGGACAACAAAAAGGUUUAAAUUCCGAUGUCUGUAUGUCUGUCAGUGCUCUAGAGUGAAGUUGAGGGUAGAGGAUAGAGGUAGUAUUUAAAAUAAAGUGGGGGAAUAGGUUUUUGAUGAAUAAAAGGUGGGGAAAGACGGUGAUGGUUAUACUCUCGAGAGUAAGUUUGAAAGUUCUCAUUACUCGGGACGUUGUUCUACCAGACAACGUGUUUUUUAUUUAUUAUUGAUACAUAGAUACGCGUGUACGUGUUAUGGCGUGUAUUGCGGGUUCAUCGGGUCGGCUCUGUGCUCGGGUCGAAAAAUUGUGCCAACAGUCUGGACGUUUUGUCCACUUUCGCACCAGGAAAAUUACCACAACAGGUGUUAACAAAUUACACCAACAAGUGCAACAUCCUAUUAAUCUAGUUCAAUCAUGUCGGCAACGAAACGAAAGAACCCGAGAUCAAAGUAUUACGACACCACGUGCUAUGAGUUCGAUACAAACACAACAGCCUGGAUCAUUACCUGACGUACAUGUAGAUCCGUAUCGAUUGAUAGAAGAUGAUCUUAAAUAUGUAUAUGAUGACAUACGACGGGAGCUCAUCAGAAACACAACAGUUACAGAAUUACAAGAAAUAGCAACGUACUACUUUGAUGGGCAGGGAAAGGCUUUGAGACCAAUGGCAGCAAUACUUAUGGCACGAGCCAUCAAUUACCACAAGGAAAGAAAUGAUCUCUUGCCAUCACAACGACAAGUCGCGUUGAUAGCAGAGAUGAUUCAUGGCGCAUCAUUAAUUCAUGACGACGUGAUUGAUCAAUCGGACUAUCGCCGAGGAAAAGAUUCUGUUAAUGUUAAAUGGAGUCAAAAAAAGGUAACAAUGGCAGGUGAUUUUAUUCUUGCAGUGGCCUCAAUGAUGAUAGCAAGAUUGAGGAAUGAUGAAGUUACGCUUACUCUCAGUCAGGUCGUUACGGACUUAGUACAAGGAGAGUUUAUGCAACUGGGAUCUAAAGAAACAGAAAAUGAACGAUUCGCGCACUACCUCACGAAAACGUAUAGAAAAACCGCGAGUUUGAUCGCUAAUUCUGCCAAAGCUGUCGCGAUGUUGGGAGGUGCGGACGAAAAAUUAUCAGAUGUAGCUUUCCAAUAUGGCAGAAAUAUUGGUCUGGCAUUUCAAUUAGUUGAUGAUUUAUUAGAUUUCGUAUCAUCAACAGCGACAAUGGGUAAGCCAACAGCGGCUGACUUAAAACUUGGUCUUGCUACUGCGCCUGUACUUUUUGCAUGUGAACGAUAUCCAGAAUUAAAUCCGAUGAUAAUGCGCCGAUUCCAAGAGCCAGGAGACGUAGAAAAAGCUUUCGAAUUAGUACACAAGUCACAAGGACUAGACCAGACGAGAUUUUUAGCUAAAAAACAUUGCGAGGAAGCUAAAAGAUUAGCGGAAUCAUUAGCCGAGAGUCCAUAUCAAAAUUGCUUAGUUCGAGUCGGGGAUUUCGUCAUCGAUCGUAUGAAAUAGUUCUAAUAAUAAUUUAGAAAAAAAAAAUAACUCGAAAACCGAGCGAUUGAUUUAAAAUUCAAAUCGAUCGAUCCUCGAAGACAUAUUAAUAAAUAUUUUACAUCAAACCAUCGGGACAUUGAAAAUAAAAUUUGUAUUUCUUUAUAAAUAUUAAAUCAAUAAUUUUUUUUUUUUUUUUUUCUAGUAUGAGUAGUUCGGAAUGUGCGCUGUUAAUUUAAAAUAGUUAACAAAGUCUAACAUUAGAUAGUUAUUAACAAAUUAAAUCGACUUAACUGUUGAUUAAUGGAUAAAUAAAUAAUUAAUGAAUUGAUUAAAUGAGUUGUUGAUUGAUCGAAAUAUUUUUUUAGAUAAAAAUGAUUAAUUAUAUUUAAUUUAAUUUAAUGAUGUGACGUGUGAAUGAUUAAGAAGAGGUUUAAAGAGAAGGAGAGAGAAAGCGGGUAUUUUUUAAAAAGAUUUAUAAGGUUGUACGAUAGAUAAUUAUGUAUUGAUAAAAAAAAAGUAUAUAUUGAAAGAUAACUGGUUACUUUUGUCGUUUUAGACUCGAGACUAGACAUUAAAAUACUAGUCGAAUCUGGUAAUUUGACUAGACUAAUAAAUUACCGCAAUUUAAAUUUAUAAAUAUCUCUUUUAAAUAUAUAAAUGUAUGUAUAUAUAUUUAUAUGAGGAUAAAUAAUAUUGUAAUAAAAUUGCCUUAUUUUAAAAUAACGAUAAAGUUUUAAAUAAUUUAUUAAUGUUAAUUAAUUGACAAAUUUAAUAUAAUGAUUUAUACUAAAGUUUUAUAAGACCGUUUUUAAUAAAUAUUUAUAUUAAAUAAAUACAAAGUAUAGUUUGAAUUUAAAAAUUUAUAUGACGGUCUUAACUAUGUAUGUAAAUAAAAUAUUUAAUCUGGGCACAUUCGUUAAAACUUGAUAUUAAUUAUUUAGUUAGUUAAUUUAUUAAUUAAUUGAAUAAAUUAAUAAAAACUGUGUUCGAUUGUACAGAAUGCCUGCCAAAGAAAAUUAUUUUAAAAAUAAAAACGUCGAUCCAAUUAUUUUUUUUAUUUUUUACUUAAAAAAAAAAAAAAAAAAAAAAAAAAAAAAAAAUAUGUAGGCACAGUAUUCAAUAAUAAUAAUUAUCAUUACGUUUUUUUUUUUUUUUUUUCUCUAAUAGAACACAAGAAAAAUAAUUAAAAAAAAAAUAAUCUGCUCAAAUUUAUUUAUCAUUAAUAUAUGAAUAUUAAUUAAUUAAUUAUUAAUAGUAGAACUAAGAAAUGUAUUAAUGGUACUUGUAGUAAUGACAUGUAUAUAAAAUAUAUGAAAUCAUUUUUUAUUUUUCAAUGUCCCGAUCAACUGUUGAAGCGAAUGACAAAAAUGUUUUUUAAAACGAGAUCAAAUAAAUAAAUAUUAUUAAUUUGUUAUGUAGAUAAAUAAAUGUGUGUAAAUUUGUUGAAACUUAAUGCCACUGAGUUUAAAUAAUAUUUUUUUUCCGGAAUUAUCAACAACUUUUAUUUAUACGUCCGAUUUUUUUUUAAACAGAGACAAUAUAUAAAUACACAGAUACAUAUAAUAUAUUAUAUAUAGUAUUGUUAAUUAAUAAUAUCGAAUAGAUAAUUGUAACAAAAAAAGAGAUUUGUAAAUAGUAUAAUAAUUAAUUAUUAUUAUUGUCAAGUCAAAGGCCUCUACGCCUGAUUGAACAUUUGGUGUGGGUCAAUUAGGAUUUAUUAAUUUUAUUAUUAUUUAACAUCGCUAUAAUACUAUUUUAUUAACUUAAUUAUUACUGUAUGAGUAUUUUUAUAAUAUAAAUAAUUAUUAAAUCAAUUAUUAAUUAUUCAUUAUUUUUA